AUGGUAGACAGGGGCCCCUUGCUGACUUCUGCCAUCAUCUUCUACCUGUCCAUUGGGGCAGCGAUCUUUGAAGUCCUGGAGGAGCCGAACUGGCAAGCAGCGACGGAAGAUUACAAGGACAAGAAAACUGAGCUGCUCAAGGAGUUUCCCUGCCUGAGCCAGGAGGGGCUGGAGAAGAUCCUGCAGGUGGUGUCAGAUGCUGCCGGGCAAGGGGUUGCUAUCACUGGGAACAACACCUUCAACAACUGGAAUUGGCCUAAUGCUGUCAUCUUUGCUGCUACAGUAAUCACAACAAUCGGCUAUGGAAAUGUUGCUCCUAAGACACCUGCUGGACGUGUCUUCUGCAUAUUUUAUGGUCUUUUUGGAGUUCCUCUCUGCUUGACAUGGAUCAGUGCUUUGGGGAAGUUCUUUGGUGGGCGUGCCAAGAGGCUGGGCCAGUUCCUAACAAAGCGAGGAGUAAGCCUGCGAAAGGCACAAAUUACAUGCACAGCUAUUUUCAUUGUCUGGGGAGUCUUAGUCCAUCUGGUCAUUCCUCCCUUUGUCUUUAUGGUGACUGAAGGCUGGGACUACGUUGAAGGUCUCUAUUUCUCAUUCAUCACAAUCACCACUAUAGGAUUUGGAGACUUUGUUGCUGGUGUAAACCCAGACGUGAACUACCAUGCCCUUUACAGAUAUUUUGUGGAGUUAUGGAUCUACCUGGGCCUAGCUUGGCUUUCACUCUUUGUCAAUUGGAAGGUCAGCAUGUUUGUGGAAGUCCACAAAGCAAUCAAGAAACGGAGGAAAAAAAGGAAAGAGUCUUUUGAAAAUCACUCUCCCUCUAAAAAAGCCCAUCAGAUGGGCAGCUCCAAGGAUGUGAACAUCUUCAGCUUCCUUUCCAAGAAGGAAGAGACCUACAAUGAUCUCAUCAAGCAGAUUGGGAAGAAGGCUCUGAAGACAAGCAAUGAUAAAAUGAUUAAAGCAGAAAAUUCCAAACCAAAUAUCCAGAAUGCCAACAAGGAUGCCCUGGUGACAUACACAAAGAGCAAAUCAUUCGAUUAUGACAACGUUUCCCUAGGACUCAAAAACGGUCACAUUAUGAGGCACCUAAAUGACAAACGCACUGGAGACCGCCCCCUGGAGGGCACCGUGUUUAUAAACCAGCUGGACCGGAUCAGCGAGGAAGAAGGGGAAGCUUGGGACUCCAGGGAUUAUCGACCUUUAAUCUUUGAGAGUGCCAAUAUAAAUUUUGUAAAUGAGGAAGAAGACGAUGAGGAAGAUCUUUCAGAUGAUGAGGAAACUUCAAAGUCCUCCAUGGAUGACAAUCUUGCAGAGGAACCUGAGACUCCCAAAAAACUGGUGAAUUUCCCAUCCUCUGAUGAAUCUACCUUUACCAGUAAUGAGUCGGAGAUUUCUGUGCCUUAUGAACAACUGAUGAAUGUGUACAACACAGUAAACAAUGUAACGGCUACAACGUGA